AGUCAUCCUCAUUCCUCGCGCUUCUUCUCUCGUCUGGGAAAGCAUGGAAUCAUCAUCGCCGCGAAUGAACCGCGAGAAGUUCGUGACAAAGGUAAUUUGGCCUGCGAUUCGAGGGCAAUCUUGUCCUAUCUGCCUCAAAGACCUCGAGGCUCGUAGAGCAGCGGUCCUCACUGUGUGCGCGCACGCCUAUUGCGUCGAAUGCAUUCGCAAGUGGAGCGACUUGAGACGAAAAUGCCCUCUCUGUAACGCCGAUUUCCACUCCUGGCUCUGCAAGAUCAGCCUCUCUUCUCGGACUUUCUACAAAGAGAAAUUGCCUGCUUCGAAUAAUCGUACACGAAACGUAGACGCUGGGGUCGGUUUCAGCAGCCGACGAAUUGAUCAUCGAAGGAUUGUUCGAAGAACACAGGACGAAUCAAAUAACAUUGGCCGGCGAACUAGGCCAUUGCCAUGGCGGCGAUCUUUUGGACAGCCAGGAUCUGUGCCUCCUGAUGUUAUUGCUGAAAGAAAACUUCAAUGGCGUGCAAGCAUAUAUGGUCGACGCUUGCAAGCUGUUCCUUCAUCUCCCCGGAAUUGUACUGGGCAGUUUCAGAGUGUAUCUGGAAAUAUUGGUGAUAAAGAAAGAAUAGUGCAAAGAAUAGAACCGUGGAUUCGGAGGGAUGUGCAGGCUAUCCUUGGGGACCCAGAUCCUUCUGUUAUUGUUCACGUGGCCACCUCUCUUUUCAUAUCAAGCCUUGAAAAGAAAAUUAAUAUCCCUUCAGAACAGCUCGAUGUUGAAGAUAACUUCAUUGCACCUUUGCAUCCUUUCUUGCACGAUAGGACCAAUGUGUUUUGGCAUGAAUUAAGAUGUUUUGCCGAGAGCUCGUUAAACAUGGAGACAUAUGAUGCAGUGGUUGACUAUGAGCAGUUGGGUUAAGUCUUAUCAGUGCAGUGAAGACUUAUCAGUUCAACUUAAAUCUCAUCCACCUUUUCCCGCUUUGCACCUGAAGGUGCCAUGGUGGAAAGUUGAGGCACCCCUUUCUUUCUGAACUUGCCUUUUGAGUGGAAUGUUGUUCUUCUGAACAAGGUUUAUCAUGUGAUGUAGCUUAUUAGGUUGCUUACUGACCUACUGGAAAGGAGCCAAGUCAUAUUUGGCUAUGAUGUUCAAGCAGAGCAAAAUUUUUGGAGUUGCAAUAUGAACUAAAUGCCCACAUCAAGCUUAUGACAAAAGAUGGACAAUAAGAUUGCAGAGACAAGGGCCGAUUUGAUGAUGAGACUGACAAUCUUCUGUUAGAAGGUCCUGUUUUGGGAGAGGAUUAUCAGGCUAUCAGCUCAUUGGGUACGGUUGGCAGUCUACUUUGGGGCAGCCACAAGAUUGAUUACUUAUGGUUGGAGCUUUGAGGUGCCUUAAAUCGCAGUUUCACAAUUUCUCAGCAUCGAAAUCACGGUUUUGUUGCACCAUUGCAAAUUAGCCCCUAACCCUUGCAGAAGAGCAUAUACAGAGUAUUCAAAUUUGUUGCAGCAAACCCUCGAUGGUUGUAUUAUGUGUUGUCUUCCAUGGCGGCUGAUGCUAUUUAACUGAUAAUGGAUGUUGUCUUGUCUCGGUAUUGUAAUAUUUGUCAAUCGGUCAGUUUGUAUAAAAAGCAAUGUCUUGCACAUAUGGGCCACUUGCACCAUUAAGCUUGGAUUAGAGAAGAAUGGAAGCCCAUGUCAAGCAAUUAAACAAGAUAUACAGGAGAGGCCGAAUUUAUAAUUUUAUAGACGGAUAAGCUAGGAAGAGAAGCUUAUGAA